CCGGCCUGCGCCCUAAAGACAGAGCCUCACCUAAAGAACCAGCCUCGCCUAGAGAACCAGGCUCGCCUUGAGAACCGGCCUCGCCUAAAGAACCGACCUCACCUAAAGAACCAGCCUCGCCUAGAGAACCAGGCUCGCCUUGAGAACCGGCCUCGCUUAAAGAACCAGCCUCGCCUUGAGAACCGGCCUCGCCUAAAGAACCAGCCUCGCCUUGAGAACCGGCCUUGCCUUGAGAACCGGCCUCACCUAGAGAACCGACCCACCCUGGAGGAGCUGGAGAGCGUGGGGCUUGUGCGGCUGUACCCUCGCCACAGAGCCGGACGCGGUCACAUUAAGCGGCGCCGGCGGCGCGGGGACCGGUCACCCUCCCGGUUGCGGCUCUGCCGGCGGUCGCACCGCGAGGAGAGGAGCGCUCUCCACGCCGUGUGGAGGUCAGGAGUGGAUGACCAGGAGAUCGGACACCUCAAACGCAGCUAUGAGAGCAUGAAGCUCCUGCGUCUGGGCUGUGAUUGGCUCAGCUCGGUCACAUGGGUGCCACAUCCUGCAACUGACAUCGCGCUUGGGAAGAGCAGGAUGUGGGAGACUGCGAUGCGUCAUCAUUUGACAGGAAGUGCACGCAGCGAGGGUUAUUACGUCAUCAGCAGCGGUGAUAAGCAGCGCUACCUGACCAGCACACACAGUGACUCAGCUCGACCACCUGAGGACACACAGCCUCAGCUCUCUCUGCGCUCAGCCUCGGACCUCCGUGCGGACCAGAGGCGCCUCCUCUCCUCUUUCAGCUGUGACAGUGACCUGCUCAAGUUCAACCAGCUGAAGGUUUGUUAUAUGGAUUAUGGCAUCACUGGAAUCUUUCUGGGAAUCUUCAUUGCUUCAGAAUCUUAAUCAUCAUCAUCAUCAUCAUCAUCAUCAUCAUCGUCGUCUUCCUCAUCAUUGUCAUUACCAUCACUGUCAUGAUGAGAACCGUCAUCAUUGUCAUUACCAUCACUGUCGCCAUGGGAACCAUCAUCAGCACCGCUACCAGCUUUGAGAUCCUCCAAUCUCCUCCCUCAGCAUCAUCUUCAUCUCCUCAGCAUCAUCUUCAUCAUCUGCAUUGAGUGUUUUCAUACCAUUUUCAUUUACAUCAAAACCGGUGCCGGCGGUGGUUAGUGGAGGUGGUAGCAUGAGUCGUUAGUGGCGGUGGUUAGCAGUGGUGGUUAGUGGCGGUGGUAGCAUGAGUCGUUAGCAGCAGUGGUUAGCAGUGGUGGUUAGUGGAGGUGGUAGCAUGAGUCGUUAGUGGCGGUGGUUAGCAGUGGUGGUUAGUGGCGGUGGUAGCAUGAGUCGUUAGUGGCAGUGGUUAGCAGUGGUGGUUA